AUGGGCUCCAUUCGAGAUUUGCUCAACCCGCUCCCUGAGGUGACUCAAGGCCGCUUGGGCGUCAUCAUGCCGGCCUCACGAUCAGCAACCACGAGCCCUCCCUAUUCCGAGCGCCCAAGAAAACCAAAGGUAGCCAAGGAUGGUGCCGUCUUUCGUCCCGGUCCAGUUCAAGGACAGGUUCGAUAUCCUCCUCAUGAGGAACGGACCAAGUUUCUGGAAGAGGAGCAUAAGAAUGCCGAUUUAAAACCCUACGGCAACAUUGCGGAUUUCCCACGCCAUAUCCCAUACCAGAGCGACAAGAAAACCUUCCGCGAAAGGACUGGUCGGGAUAGCUUCCAUUUGUUCCAGUACACCUUCCAGAGGAAGGACGUCGACUCGGAGCCGUGGACAGUGACUUGGGACUACAAUAUCGGACUGGUUCGCACCACUCAUCUGUUCAAGUGCCUCGGCUACUCCAAGACAACCCCCGGAAAGGUGCUUAAUAACAACAACGGUCUACGCGAAAUCAGUCACAGCAUCACUGGAGGAGCACUUGCAGCUCAAGGUAAGAUCCACGAGAUGUCCAACUCAUUCUUUAAUGUGAAUACUAAUCCUGGUCCACUCUUUUCAGGCUAUUGGAUGCCCUUCGAAGCCGCCAAAGGUAUUGCCGCUACCUUUUGCUGGGAUAUCCGCUUCCUUCUCACACCCCUCUUCGGCCUCGACUUCCCCGAGAUGUGUAUCCCCCCCACAAACCGAAUCAGCUUUGGUCGAAUGGUAAUCGAUCCCUCCAUUGUCAAUGAAGCUGCCGAAACCGCCCGUCGCUAUCGCCUCCUCGAGCCCCGGGCCUACGACGAGAUGUCUACUACCUCUUUCCAUUCCCAACCAACGGGGAAGCAGGUAGACUAUUCUUCCCAAGAUAUGCGAGCUCCCCAGCUGCAGCAGUCCAAGUACGCUAGACGCAGCUACGCGGAUAGUAUCAGCAGUGCUCGAGGCUCAUCCUCCGAGCCUUACUGUGGUUCCCCGCAGAGUCCCACGCACAGAGGCUUCCUCCCUAUCAACAGACCUCCCAGCUCGCACCCCGUAUCUCGUACGCCGUACGACUUUCUCACUGAGGCCUCCGAGCGCCGGAAGAGAGUCAUGACCACUGCAGCUGAGGCAAGUGACUCGGAGACAGAGUUUUCCUCAACCUCGCGGCUGGAUGUUCGCUCUAAGCCCAUCGUCCCGAUUCGCUGGGGAAGCGAGCGCGCCUCUGCUGACGGGGACUCGGAACCCGAUGAAUCAGAGCUGACAUCUUCGGAUGAUGAGUCCCUGUCCGAAGAUGAAGGGGAUGAGGAAUACCGCGAACCAAGACGUCUGUCAAGCAGUGACCUUGCCCGUGGAAAGGCCGGGCUUAAGAAGAAUCCCUCCCGCUCUGUUAAGGCCAAGCAUGGCCAUGAAGGUGGUCGUCCUGCCCGUUUUGCCAAGGAAGUUAAGGCUGCCCAUGCUUUGCUUCAUAUGCAUAUGCAACGGGCUUCGUCCAAGGAUGAAGAUGGUGAUGAGAUCAUGGAGGAGGCUACGUUUGGUCCUCUAUUGGGAAGGAUCGGUUCCGCUGACAAGAAAAGACGACGUGCUUCCCUGUGA